UAGGACUUGAGAUCACAUCAUUAAAAUGGAUAGGCCCUAAACAUGAGUUUUACUUACACCUGUCCGUAUGUUAACAAUCUAAAAUAAAUAUGGAAGAAAACAAUGACAGUUAUUUUGAAAACAUGUCGGAAUAUUUAAAUACAAGUACAAUGUCACCAAACGACACCCUUCCAGAACAGAUGGAAUUAAUUCCUGAUAUUCGGCAGCCCAUGUACAUGAUAAUGAUAUACUCGUUGGCAUACGGGUUGAUCUUUGUGUUCGCGCUGUUCGGGAACGUGGUUGUGAUAACUGUCGUUUGCCGUACGCGAAGGCUCCACACGCUCACCAACUUCUUCAUUGUGAACCUGGCGGUCGCGGACAUGCUCGUGACCGUCUUCUGUGUGCCCAUCACGCUGCUUGACAGCCUCUACAACGGUUGGCGGUAUGGAGCGUUCCUUUGCAAGGCGACCCCGUACCUUCAGGGUGUGUCCGUCUGUGCGUCCGUCAACUUUCUCGCCGCCAUUGCAGCUGACAGAUAUCUGGCAAUCUGCUACACUUUGGAACACAAGAUGACAUGGACGAUCGGAAAAGUUAUCGUCUGCGUUAUAUGGCUGUUUUCAUUGUGUAUCAUGACGCCAUGGGCACUGUUCUACAAGCUGAAAGCGGAGGUCAUUCAAACGCAAGAGUUUUCCUUCUGUUACCAAGAGUGGCCAGUCGAGAACGGCGAGUCAGUGUUUCUACUGAUAGUUUUCAUCUCGUGCUACGUAAUCCCGCUGGUUCUCAUAAUUGGCUGUUACUUUAUGAUUGCCCUGAGAGUUUCCACGCGCAAUGCUCCGGGCAUAUUCCGGUACAACAAUGUCAUACAGAAAUCCAAAGUUAAGGUCAUAAAAAUGUUGGUGCUAAUUGUUCUGUUAUUCGCGAUUUCCUGGUUGCCACUUUAUAUCAUUUUCUUAGUAUUUGCUUUUAAUCCUCCGGACCCGCACAGUAAAACCGCCGACAUUCUAAUAAAUGUCUGUGUUCCAAUCGCGCAGUGGCUUGGGAAUUCCAACAGCUGCAUGAACCCUAUCAUAUACUGUUUCUACAGUAAGACAAUUCGGAAGCGGACCGUGGCGAUGCUGUCCUGCUCCAGAAACAUCGAGGUCCGUAGGCGCCAGAGCCGCUACUCCAGUACAAGGCUCAUGUCCGUGGACUACACAAAUGGACAAAUCACCCUCAGACUGAACAAGCGCCGCUGUGAAUCGAUCAACUUUCUUCCUCCGAAAAAUGGAAAUUAUAUUUGCGAAAGCACAUUCUAUGAUUAAAGCAUAAGAGUGUGAUAUACAAUCAGAGACAUUUGUCAAAACAUAAAUGACAUCUGGCAUUUUAGAUCUUUACUUAUUACUAUCUAAAUGCUUAAUGUUUUUGAUACUGAGUGCGCCUAAAAUAAUUUCUGUUGAUUACCUUGUGGAAAAUCUUUAAACAUGCAAAUUAAGAUGUUUUAUUUUGAAGGUUGGUUAACCUUUUAAAGAGUCUCUCUUUGGUUUAACAUUAAUGUUGUAAAAUAUAAUUAUUAGAAUUGAUUUGUAUUCGAGUAACAGUUAUUGUACCAAACUCAAGCAAAAAAAAUAUUUAAA